CUCUAUUUUUGCAUGCAAAGAAAGCAGAAAGAGUGAAAAAAGUGGGAAAAAGUAACAUAAAAAAGCACUAAGGAAGAUAAACUAGCUAGCUUGGGAUUUCACAAUGCGUUGGUCUUCCUUCUAUAACACAACCUCAAGGAUUUUUCAUGAGUAUCCAUCAUGGUCCAAGUCUGUUGUUAUAUGCACUGUCAUCAGUGGUGGAGGUGUGGUGGCAUAUGCUGAUGCCAAACCAGCACAAAGUGACAAUGUUGGUCACAACCGGAAAAAGAAAGUGGUGGUUCUGGGAACUGGCUGGGCUGGAACCAGUUUUGUGAAAAACAUGAAAAGCUCCUCCUAUGAUAUUCAUGUGGUUUCACCACGUAACUAUUUUGCAUUCACUCCUCUGCUACCAAGCGUCACUUGUGGCACAGUGGAGGCUCGCAGCGUUGUCGAACCGAUUCGCAGCAUCUCCCGGAAGAGUGGUCUAGAUAUUCAAUUCAGUGAAGCUGAAUGCUACAAGAUCGAUCCCAAGAACAACAAAGUUUACUGCCGUUCUGGUCAAGACAAAAAGCUAGGUGGCCCUGAAGAAUUUUCCCUUGAUUAUGAUUACUUGGUAAUAGCAAUGGGAGCACGUUCUAAUACCUUCAACACACCUGGUGUUCAGGAGCAUGCUCACUUCUUGAAGGAAGUGGAAGACGCUCAAAGAAUCCGCCAAACAGUGAUUAACCUUUUUGAAAGGGCAAGCCUCCCUUCUUUAUCUGAGGAAGAGAAGAGAAAGCUUCUCAGUUUUGUAAUUGUUGGUGGUGGUCCAACUGGGGUAGAGUUUGCUGCAGAGCUUCAUGACUUUGUACAUGAGGAUCUAUCUAUAUUGUACCCUUCUCUUAAAGACUAUGUGAAGAUUACUCUUCUGGAAGCAGGCGAUCAUAUCUUAAACAUGUUUGACAAGAGAAUUACGGAAUUUGCUGAAGAAAAGUUUUCCAGAGAUGGAACUGAUGUAAGGUUGGGAUCUAUGGUUGUCAAAGUUAGUGCAAAUGAAAUCUCUGCCAAAGAAAGAAGCACUGGUGAAGUUGUUUCUAUACCUCAUGGAAUGGUAGUUUGGUCAACUGGUAUUGGUCCUCGCCCUGAAAUACUUGAGUUCAUGAAGCAGCUUGGCCAGAUUAACAGACGUGCAAUUGUUACUGAUGAAUGGCUAAGGGUAGAAGGAUGUGACAACAUCUAUGCUCUAGGUGAUUGCGCCACUAUAAAUCAGCGUAGAGUUAUGGAAGAUAUAGCUGUCAUAUUUAGCAAGGCAGACAAAGACAAUUCUAGGACAUUGGAUAUUAAAGAAUUUCAAGACGUUGUUGGUGACAUUAUUGAGAGGUACCCACAAGUGGGGAUUUAUUUAAAGAAGAAUCAAAUGAAAGAUAUGGCUACCUUGCUAAACAAAUCUCAGGAAAGCUCUCUUACAGUAGACAUUGAGUACUUCAAAGAAGCACUUUCCAAAGUAGAUUCCCAGAUGAAAAAUCUUCCUGCAACAGCUCAGGUAGCUUCUCAACAAGGCAUAUAUCUUGCUGACUGUUUCAAUCGCAUGGAGUUGUGUGAGAAGUAUCCUGAAGGCCCUCUUAGGUUCAGGGGUACAGGACGCCAUCGGUUUCAUCCCUUUAGGUACAAGCAUUUUGGGCAAUUUGCUCCUCUAGGAGGAGAACAAACUGCAGCUCAGCUUCCAGGAGAUUGGAUUUCAAUUGGCCAUAGUAGCCAAUGGCUCUGGUAUUCAGUAUACACAAGCAAGCAAGUCAGCUGGAGAACAAGAGCUUUGGUGGUAUCUGACUGGACAAGGCGAUUCAUAUUUGGCAGGGACUCAAGCCGAAUCUGAAGAUCCACUUCAAAGCUUGCACUACACUUUAAGGUCUACUUCAUAUAGAAUUCUUGGCAAGACAAGACCUCAAAGGGCACACAAAAGGAAAAGGAAAAAGAAUACUAUGUUUAAUUUUCUCAUUCAAACGGAUUUUCUGUUAUAUAUUCAUUUUAGAGAUCAUGUAAUAAUCUGAUCAAUUAAAUACUUAGUACAAAGAGCUUUACAGCUCGUAGUAGUCUCAUUCAACUCAAACAUGAUUGUCUUAGCGGAGAAUACCAUAAUCUAAACCGAAGUAAUUUUCCUCAUCAGUAAAUGAAUGCUUAAAUUUGAUUUUGGUUGCUAAACACAAAAAAAGGCCAUGCUUACAAGCUUGACAUCAUCUAGUUUGCAAAAUUGCAAUAUUCAAUUUGGACUUUACAUGAGUUUCUUUGCUUCCAAUCUCCCAUAUAAAAUUCCAUUCCAUAAUUUGAAAUCAUAAAUGUCUGGUUACCAUUAACAACUAUUAAGCCCAUUAUAGGGGGUUUUCUGGAC